UCAAUGGCUUUCUGCAUUGGCAACAUGAUGGAGGCUAAACACUUUCUCUUCUUCUUGUUAACAACAUUUUCACUGGCCACAGCGACCACCAACUCAAAGCAUUACAUUGUUUACAUGGGGCAUCACUCACACCACAGCUCAGAGUCUGCAAUCACAGCUAACCAUGAAAUUCUUGCUUCAGUUAAAGGAAGCUAUGAAGAGGCAAAAGACGCGGUGCGCCACCAUUAUACUAAAAGCUUUAGAGGUUUUUCUGCUAUGCUAACACCACACCAGGCUCGAAAGCUUGCAGAAAGGGAUUCGGUUGUGUCUGUGUUUGAAAGCAGAACUAGAAGGAGUCACACGACUCGUUCAUGGAGAUUUCUCGGGGUAGGCUAUGGUGAAGAGCACAAUCGAGUGCAAAUGAAUAUUUCUACAGACAUAAUUGUUGGCAUCAUUGACUCAGGAAUUUGGCCUGACUCGAAGAGCUUCAACGAUUAUGGAUUAGGUCCCGUUCCUAAAAGAUUCACAGGAGAAUGUAUAACUGGCCAGAAUUUCACAUCCUCCAACUGCAAUAGAAAAAUAGUAGGAGCUAGGUUCUAUUCAGCAGGAUAUGAGGCAGAGAAUGGACCUCUGGAAUCAUUCAACCUUACCUUUUUCCGAUCAGCUCGAGAUAAUGAUGGCCAUGGAACCCACAUCGCAUCUACGAUUGCUGGAGCCAUGGUUUCCAACGCCAGCUUCUUCGGGAUGGGAGAAGGCACUGCAAGAGGAGGAGCACCGGGGGCGAGACUGGCAAUAUACAAGGCGUGCUGGUUCGACCUGUGCAGCGAUGCAGAUAUUCUUGCUGCCAUGGACGACGCAAUUCAUGAUGGCGUAGAUAUCUUCUCGCUUUCCUUUGGAGCUGAUCCACCCCAGCCCAUCUACUUCGAAGACGUAGUGUCUAUUGGAACUUUCCACGCAUUCCAGAAAGGCGUUUUCAUUUCUGCAUCAGCUGGGAACUCCUUCCUACCAAGUACUGCAGCAAAUGUUGCCCCGUGGAUACUGACUGUCGCUGCAAGCACAAUAGACCGCGAUUUACAUACCUACCUCCAGCUCGGGAAUUCAAUAGUAAUCAAGGGUAUCAGCGCAAAUCCUUCAACCUUGGAGAGGUAUUACAGUUUAAUAGCCGGGAGUGCAGCUGCAGCCCCUGGAAUCUCACCUGAAAAUGCAAGCUUUUGCAAGCCGAGUACCCUUGACCCUAAGCUAAUAACAGGAAAGGUUGUAGUCUGCAAACUUGAAGUGGUUUCUGAUAGCCGAAGAGCAAAAGGUGCAAUCGUAAAACAAGGAGGUGGUGUAGGAUUGAUACUAAUCGAUCCAUUUGCCAAUGAUGUUGCUUUUGAGUUCGAAAUUCCAGGCGUUGUGAUCAGCCAAGAAGCAAAAGAGCUUCAAUCAUACAUGACAAAAGAAAAGAAUCCAGUGGCUAAAAUAUUCAGAACAACGACAGUUCUUUUUACUAAGCCAGCACCAAAAAUAGCGUCGUUCUCAUCAAUGGGGCCAAAUUCCAUCACACCAGAUAUAAUUAAACCCGACAUAGCGGCACCUGGAGUGAACAUCUUGGCUGCAUGGUCUCCGGUGGCUACAGAUAUCUCAGCCGGGAAAUCAGUAGAUUAUAACAUAAUCUCUGGGACUUCCAUGGCCUGUCCACAUGCUUCAGCAAUCGCAGCUAUCAUAAAGUCGCAUCAUCCCUCGUGGAGCCCAGCAGCAAUAAAGUCUGCAAUCAUGACAACAGCUACAAGUCUAGAUAACACACAAUCCCAGAUCAUCAGAAACCCAAAGGGCACUCUAGCCUCACCUUUCGACUAUGGAUCGGGGCAAAUAAACCCAGUUGCGGCUAUUGACCCAGGGUUAGUUUAUGAUUUCGAUCAAAACGACAUUAUUGCAUUCCUCUGCAGCAUUGGUGGAAGCCCUGCUCAACUUAAAAAUGUCACCGGAGAAGUAGUUCAUUGCAACAGCACUCUGGCAGCACCCUAUGAUUUGAACUACCCAUCCAUUGGAGUCUCCAAGAUGAAUGGAGCAAUAUCGGUGCAAAGAAGAGUAACUUACUAUGGUAAUGGCCCAACUGUCUAUAACGCAGAAGUAAACUACCCAGAUGGUGUAAACGUUUCAGUAACUCCUAAGAUGCUCAGUUUUGCGAGAACUGGUGAGAUAAAAGCAUUCACGGUAACUUUCACACCAUACAGAACUAGCAACGGGAACUUUGUGUUUGGGGCUUUGGUAUGGAGUAAUGGAAUCCACAAGGUAAAAAGUCCCAUUGGCCUCAAUGUACUUUCUCUGUAAGAAAGACACUAAUAUAAUGCUGUAAUGCACUUGAGUUUCAGAUCAAUGAAUUUAAACAAUGCCAG